UAUUUUGUUGAAAAAAUCAGUGGGAGAAAAAAGUGAAGCUCUUGCUUAUUGUACUGGCGUAUUAUCACCGUCGUCUUCUUCUUCUCCUUCAGCUCGCGAAUUCCAGAAGCUUCAUCUCUCUCACAUGGCUACAACUCUCCGAUGGAACCCUCAGGCAGUAGCCCUGCCGGCGACUGCCAGACAGCGUAAAAACCGCCCAAGCUCGGCCUUCGUCGUCCUGGCCUUCCGCCGCCGCAGCGACUUCGACGGCUUCGCGAAGCGCAUGGCCUCCGGCGAGGCCUGGAGAGACGCCUGGCGGGGCGCCAACGACGGCUUCGAGCGUUUCCUCUUCGAGGCCAGGAAAACCGCCGAGCGCCUCGACCGUCAGUACUCCGUCUCCCACCGCCUCAGUUCCGCCGCCCGAUCUGCCGCGGCCCGCGCCCGCGAGAUCGACAGGGACCUCGAGAUUGGAUCGCGUUGGCGCGCCCUAACCAUGGAUUUCAGCAGAAAUUGGCCUAGGUACAGGAAGCAGCUCGCUGAUUUUUUGGAGACUCCACUGGGAAGGAGUUUCGCUACAAUUUUCUUCCUCUGGUUUGCGCUAUCUGGAUGGCUCUUCCGGUUUUUGAUAUUUGGAUUAUGGGUACUGCCAUUCGCGGGUCCUCUUCUCGUCGGAACAUUUGCCAAUAACCUUGUUAUAAAGGGAUCUUGCCCGGCUUGCAAUAGGCAAUUUGUUGGUUCCAAAACCCAAAUGAUACGCUGUGCUGGCUGCGGAAACACUGUGUGGCAGCCCAAAGGAGACUCCUUCACCAGAGGUGGUAGAGGCACCGGCUCUUCAAAGUCGUCGCCUGAGAUAAUUGAUGUCGAGUUUGAAGAGAAAUGAAGAAGAAUGCAGAGCUCUGGUAGUAGUGUACUUGUCGAUUCCCAUCACAAACAGAGAGCAAUAAGAAUGCAAAAUAGUUCCUCAUAUUCGUUUGAUACGGAAUCACAUUUGUAGUUCUGUCUAUGUAAAUUAUUUUAUACGUCAUAUUUGUCUAAAGUCCAGUCCAUGUAGAAAUUUCUCCGAAAGUUGUGGAUGCAAUUUUGUGGAUAUGAAAGUAAACAUCUUUUUUUAUUAUUA